UUUCAAAUUUUGAAAAAUGGAGUAUGUUUCUAAAAGUGUCAAUAUGGAAAACUGUAAAACUAUGAGUCCUUGUCUAUCACAAGAUGUUAAAACAUACCCGUUUAUAUGUGGAAUCUGCUCAAUAAAGUUUGACGAUCUUUGUUUAUUUCUACGUCAUUUUAGAACUCACGGUAAAACUUCUCUACCAAACAAUGAUAUCCAUGCAUGUAGUUGUCUUUAUCAAGAUGCAUGGAGUGAAGAAGACAGCGGAAAUAAUGAGACAUACAAGUGUCGAAGCUGUAUGAAAAUAUUCUUCUCAAUUUGUAAACUACACAGUCAUAUUGUUAAUUGCUCUGCGUCAAAUGGUUCAUAUAUACUAGAUAACAGUAGGAAGAUGGUGUACCCACUUAGUUUGCACUGCUCUGAAUAUGAAGACAGAGGAAAUGAUACGUGUGAAAGUACUGAUGCUGACAAUGUAAAAUUGAUAGGAAAAAAUAAUAAUCAUAAAGCUGUAAAGGUGAAUCAAAAGGAAAAGAAAACUUCUCCAAGUGAUAACAAUGUGAAUCAUAGUGAUAUAAAUUUACAUAUGGAUGAACUCAGUAAUGGUUAUAAAUCUGAUGAUAAAUUAAGUCAUAUCCAACAUGUGGAUCAUAUUCUCAAGUAUGUUUGUAAAUUGUUUGAAAAAAGCGAAGCUGAGAAAAUUUCACAAGUUGAAAGCAUGGAUAUUGACUUACUUGAGAAGACAAAAAUCAUUCCAAAGAAACAAGUAAAUGCAAAUUUUACACCAGAGAAUUCCAGAACUGAGAAGGUUCAAACAAGAAACAAGAAAAAAAAUUUCAAGAAGGCUAAUUGUAACAAAGAGGCAGAAAAUAAAGUCCAGCAACAUGAAGUGAAUAGUGAUCAUGUUGUUAAAACUGAAGUUGAAAAAGAUAACUUACAUGAGGAAAAUAGUGAUAUACAUAAUUUUGGGAAAUCUAACGCUGUAUCUGUAGAAUCAAGUAAAAGUAACACUGAUUUCCUUCCUGAAAAUGAUAAUUGUAAUAAUGAUGCUGAUAAUGAUAAUGUUGAUAUUAAAAAUGAUGAUGAUGAUGAUGAUGAUUCAACAGAUGAAUAUACUACUGAAGAUUUAAAUGUUAUAGCUAAUUUACAAAAGGGAAAGGUAAGAAGAGUGACAAAAAAGUCUCGAAAACAUACAAAAAUCAGGAAACAGGAAGAUCAUAAAGCUGAAGAAGAAUGCUCUUACUGUGGAAAGAUUCUCAAACCGCACAGGAUGAAAAAACAUGUGAUAAGUCAUACGGAGGACCGACCGUUCCUGUGCGAUCUGUGUCCAAAAUCAUACAAAUACGAGAAUCAUCUAAAGACACACAAGGCAUCACAUCAAGAUGUUAAACCCUACUAUUGUGAGAUAUGUGGUAAAGGAUAUGAGACCAUUACAAGGUUGAGACAUCACUCCAUGAUAAACCAUUCAGACUCCAGACCUUGUGUGUGUAACGUAUGUGGAGCAAGCUUUAUUUCAAACUAUAGGUUGAAUAGACACAUGAGGAUGCAUACAGGUGAGAAGUCGGUCCAGUGUGAUUUAUGUGGUAUGGGAUUUUCCACACGGUAUAAUCUUAAUAUUCAUAUACAGGGAGUCCACAAAAGAGAUCGCCGCUUUACAUGUGCAGAAUGUGGUAAAACUUUCAUGACAAACUAUCAGCUUAAAGUGCAUAAAAUGAAGCAUACAGGUGAAAGACCGUAUAAGUGUGCUGUAUGUAAGGCGGAAUAUAUUGAACGUAAAGAACUAAGACGACAUUUGAAGAAGCAACACAAUAUGCAAUUAGAGGAGAACACGAAUGCUUUAACAACUAUUUCAGAUGUGAUGGAAGGAUAUAACACUUCUAAAGUUACCUCAACAAGGGAUACGGUUUAUAGUCAGGGUACCGAUCAGACAGAAACGUCAACGGCAGCAAACUAUAUCAUAACUGAUACUGAGAACUUGUAUACCUACACCAACACUGACAUGUGUACCUCGGCACCAUAUUAUCCAGCGAUAAAAAAAUUAAUCCCACCAAACGAUUACCAAAUGAUUUACACCAACACUCAAGAAUAUAAUUAUGAUAACUCGACAGAUGAACUUACGUUACCUUUGACUGUACAAGAAAUACAGGAUUCUUGUGUUGUGAAAAAUUUAUCAAAACACAGUGCGGAGGGUCAUGUUUAAUUGAAAAGCCCCUCAACAUGAUGUUCAUUUCAAUAAAGAUUUGGUAAAUUCAGCUAAGGACGUAUCAGUAGUGUCACAGGACAAAGUAGAUCAAAAUCUUACAUCUUGUUUUGUUAUUGUUCUUGUUUAUGUUAAAUUGUUUACUACAUUCCAUCCAUCAACUGCCUGUAUAAACUUGGUAAAUUUCUUACCUUUUGGUAUCAAAUAUUCAUUAAGGAGAAACUCUUUUCUCAUAUGUAGGUUUUAUAACCUUGGACUAAAGAAUUUAUGUGACCAAAAUAAAUUUAUUAGAAGAUAAGCACACAGUUUUAGACAUAACCUGUUUGUUACUUUUGAUGACACCAAUCAGUGUUUAUAAGUUGUACAAUUAUGGGCAUUGCAACUUGUUGGGUUACAAGAUUUGUUAUGUGAAACUUUUAUUUGAAUCCGGACAGGGACUUUGGAUUCUUUCAUGUGAGGAAGCUAUCCAGCUAGCUUACAGAACGUUGGUGGUUCUACUCAGGUGCCCGUUCGUGCCUGAAAUAAUGCACGGAAGGGCACAUGAGGUCUUCCUCCACCAAUAAAGCUGGAACGUCGCCAAAUGACCUUUACUGUGUUGGUGUGACGUAAAACCCAAACAAACAAACUUUUAUUAUUAUAACAUAUAGGCAUAGGCAAAGGUGAAGAAAUUUGCCGAGGAUUGAUACAGUAUUGCAAGUUAUCAGAUAGAAUCUUUACCAAGGAUGGAAUGUUAUCAAAAUAUCUGUCGUAUCAUAUCAGCAAUUUAACAUGACUUACUUAUGUUAGUGAUUAUAGUGACCUCAUUUUAGUUUUAUAGUCCUCUAUAUUUUGUUAGUUAACCGUUUUGUAUUUGUCAAAAAAUGUAUUGUUUUCGUUUUUGCUCAUAUUCUGUAUACGAAAAUUUGAAAGGAAACUAGUAGCAGGUGUAUCAAGUACUUAGUCCAAAGUUUUAGUAUUGGUUAAUGAGAUUGAUAUUAGUAGGAAAAAGUAUUGUUUCAUAUUUUCUGUCAUAAAUGUUGCAAGAUAUGUAAGAUGUAUAGUACUCGGAAAUAAUUUGAAAAAUUGAUUCUUUAACAAUUCUUAGUCUGAUAUUAGUUAAAACCUUUUUCUCUUUUUUAUUUUUCUUGGUCAUUUUGCAUGAUAAAAAAUAUUAUAUUCUGGAAAAACAUAGUGAACAAAUUAUCUGAAACAUGCUAUUCUCCCAGGCCUCCAUUAUAUGGUAUGCAAUUCUCUUUAUAUUAUUUCAUGUCCGUUCAUGUCAAAAAACCUUCAGGGAGUCCCUUUAACAUUUGUGAUAUACUUACAAAUCAGAUAAAAGCACUUUACAGCCCUUACUUAAGAAUUUGUCACAGAUUUUUUUUACAUGUUUUAACUUCCUUAAUUACUGAUAUAACAAAAAUUCAUGACUUAUUUUUUGUGAUUGCUUCAUCUAGUUCAUUAAUGUCUUUGUCAAGUGAUUUACCUUACAAUUGUUUGGUAAAGAUUUGUGAAUUUGAUGAAAGAACACAAACACUGUCAUUAUUUUCAAUGCAGUUAGUUAAUCAUAAGUACUUGUCCCCUUAGUUUUAAUAACAUAUAAGGUAUAUUGCCUUGCAGAUGUUUGUCACUUAGUUAACACAUACAAUACAUUGUCUGAUCAAAAACUAGACAACACUUUGACCUACAGAACUCACUUUGACCUACCGUCCUCACUUUGACCUACCGUCCACACUUUGACCUACAGUCCUCAUGUUGACCUACAGCCCUCACUUUUAGGGACAGUCCUCACGGUGCCUGUACAGUCCUCAAUUUGACCUACAGUCCUUUUUUUGACGUACAUUCCUCACUUUGACCUACAGUCCUCAUUUUGACGUACAGUCCUCACUUUGACCUACAGUCCUCACUUUGAACUACAGUCCUCACUUUGAACUACAGUCCUCACUUUGACAUACAGUCCUCACUUUGACCUACAGUCCUCACUUUGACCUACAGUCCUCACUUUGACCUACAGACCUCAAUUUGACCUACAGUCCUCACUUUGAACUACAGUCCUCACUUUGAACUACAGUCCUCACUUUGACCUACAAUCCUCACUUUGGCCUACAGUCCAGAGUAGAGUUUGUUACGAUCUGUAGAUCACCUCUAUUUAUUUUGAAAUCAUUUGGUUAAAGGUCAAGAUCACUGUGACAUAAAGUGUAUGUAAUCAAUAACUAGAGAUCACUUAUCAGAUACCGAAGGUUGUAGUUAGGUAACAUGACAGAUUGCUAACCAUUACUGGUACUUCAAUGUUUUGUUAACAUCUCUUGUUUCUCUUUUUUUUAUUUUAAUUUGAGGUGAUUUGAUUUCCUGUGAUAUAAAAACUGCAAUUGCUAGGAACAUGAUCAAAUAGCUCCUGUCAUUAUUUUCAUAACUCUUAAUUCUUGUUAUUUCUCUUAAAAAGCUAUG